AUGUUAGACAGCUCGUUAACGGAAAGUCUGAUUGCGGGUUGCUGCACUCUUCUUUUAGUGUUUCUACUAUUCGAAAUCGUGGAUUGGAUAGAAGUAUUCACAUGGCCGGAAAAUGACGAGAAUAUUCUUCCGACUUUUUCGUUCGGAUACGCUCACAAGAAUGGCCCACAUACUUGGAAAGACCUAUAUCCUGAAAGCGCCGGUAACAAUCAAUCACCUAUCAAUAUCUCUACCAGAUAUGCAAUAGUAGUACAACCAUCCGAGCCGCUUCGAUGGAGCAGUUAUAACAGCAGCCCUCUGUCAAUGUCCCUCUCAAAUGACGGGCACACUGUAACACUUCGAGGAAUCUGGACAGAGACCUCCUGGCCUCAGCUUCAUGGAGGACCUUUGUCUAAUAAAUAUGAUGUUUUCAAUAUUCUCUUCCACUGGGGUCCUUGUAACCAAGAAGGCAGCGAACACACUUUAGAUUACAUACGUUUUCCCAUGGAGCUACAAGUUAUCCACAUAAAGCACGGAAUUAAGUCGCCAAAAGACGCGAUUAUUCUCGGAGCUAGAGACGGAAUAGUGAUUGUUUCAUUUUUCCUCCAAGUAAGCGCUAUGGAUAAUCCUUAUCUGGAUCAUAUCGUGAGUAAUUUGUGGAGAAUUAUCAAACCGAAUUCAAAGGUCAAUAUACCACCUUUCCCGUUGGAAUGGAUUUUUGCACCUUUCGACAGAGAUUACUAUACAUACAACGGUUCGCUCAGUCAACCUCCUUGCAGCGAAAUCGUCACAUGGAUUAUCCAAAAAGAACCGAUCGUUAUAUCUGCGUUGCAGGUGGAGAGAUUCCGAAAAAUCUGCUCAGUAGAUGGUCCGUUACUUCUAAAUUGUCGGCCGGUUCAACCGCUGAACGAACGUGAUAUUUAUUUCUACGAAGAGAGCAAAUCGUAA